AUGGUUGGUAUGGCGGGGUUUAUGAUCGAUGUUGAUCCGAUAUCUGUUUCUAAGAGCGCUGUCUCUAGCUCUCUUUUGCGAUCUCGUGUGCGCUUGGCACCUCUUCCAUUGCUGCCCGCUUCUGCUCGCUAUCUCUCAAUUGAAUCCCGUACCUCCAACUCUCAUUUCUACCGUGCUGCAAAUUACAUUCCUGCAAUAUCGCAUUCAUUAUCCAAUGUUACACCUCAGCGACCACCAUCUGCUGCCUCAUUCUCGACUUCACCAUUGUUGUCGGAAGCAGACUGGGAUUAUAACCCGAACCUUUCAAUUUCUCAGUUCUCCGAACUUCCCUCGAAAGACUUCGGAGUCAACCAGCAUAUGAUCAUCAACCAAGAAUUCAAAGAAGCUCUAAGGCAGAUACUAUGGGAAUUCCGAGCACCGAUUCGAUACGCUUUUGCCUAUGGCUCAGGCGUAUUUGCGCAGCAAGGCAGCGCAGCCUCAUCCUCCCCUACACACCCGUCGGCACCGUCGGCCAUCAUGAAUAUGCAACAGGGAUCAGGAAAGAUGAUUGAUUUCAUAUUUGGAGUAUCUUAUUCUCAACACUGGCAUUCGUUAAACCUAAACCAGCAUCGUGAUCAUUACUCCGGACUUGGCUCUCUCGGUUCCUAUGCGGUCUCCCAAGUUCAAGAUAAAUUUGGAGCUGGAGUAUAUUUCAACACUCACGUUACUGUGAACGGUACUCUAGUAAAAUAUGGGGUUGUGAACCUGGACACACUCUGUCAAGACCUGACUCAAUGGAAUACCCUCUAUCUUGCAGGCCGGCUGCACAAGCCCGUGAAAAUCCUUAGAGACAAUCCUAAAGUUCGAUUGGCGAACCAGAUGAACUUGCUAUCGGCUCUGCGGGUGGCACUUCUGCUAUUACCCGAGCGUUUCUCCGAAUUUGAAUUAUACAGCACCAUUGCCGGUAUCAGCUAUACCGGUGACCUACGGAUGGUGCUACCAGCGGAAGACCACGGCAAAGUGCGAAAUAUUGUCUCUGGCCAAAUGGCCCACUUCCGGCGGCUAUACGAGCCUCUCGUCAGCAAUCUGCCUAAUGUGACUUUCAACGACCCUCGCUGUAGCCAGAAGGACUGGAUUGACGAUCCAGAUGCAGUUCUUGGUAUGGUUCAGGACAUGGAUCCAGUCAAGCGCGGAAACAUGGUCCGCCGCCUCCCAGAGAAGUUCCGUGAGAAGAUUUACUUCCAGUACCAGUCACGCUACGCAAUCCCACGAGUUGAGUUCAAUAAGAUGAUGGCGGAAAGCAAUGACACUUCACAGGAAAUUGUCAAGCGGCCUCAGGGAGGUCCCUUUGAACAAAGGAUCGGCAGUGACGAACACCUUCCAGAUGAGGUCUCUAACGCAAUCUCGAAGACAAUUCGCUGGCCAAGCACUGUUCAGACCGUCAAAGGCAUAUUAUCAGCGGGCAUUGGCAAGAGCUGGAAUUAUAUCAUGGAGAAGCGGCUAAAGCAUAAGAAGUCCCAGUCAAACAAAGCUGCCUCUGCAAAGGCAUAUGCCAAGGAGGAAUAG